CCCAGAAAGGCGACUCUCCAGUGGACUCGGUCCGGAGCUCUCUGCCAUGGCUCGGAGGGCGUCGAACGCGUCUCGGAGUUGCUUCAGACUAGUGAGCGCGCUGGCACUUGCACUCGGAGGAGGCUGUGCCUUCGCAUGGCCGAACAAGCCAUUGGGCCACAGCUACAGCAACAUCAGACCCAGCGUGCGCAGCAAGCAAGCGCUCAUUGCCAACCUCAGGGACCCGGACUGCAAGGCGAGCAAGGCUCGCUGGUCCAUCGAGCUGAUGAAAGCGCGCAAGCUGUUUAUCACCACCUGGGAGUAUGUGUGUGCCAUGAAGAAGAUGGCGCAGGUGAAGUGCCCCAAAGAGGCCAUUGAGCUUUGGAAGGAAAUGCGCGGCAGAGGAUUAGAAGAGACUCCGGCCACCUACACGGCAGCGAUUGUGGCCUACAACACCUGGGGCCACUGGCGGAAGGCAGUCGAGACGCUGGAUGAGAUGCAGAGUAAGCAGAUGGCGCCUUUGCGCAUCGGCGCGGAGCAUGCCUUGAUGGCCUGCGAGCAGGGCGCCUUGUGGGAGAAGGCCCUGAAUCUCCUGGACCAACUGUGGGAAUACGGCAUCGUGCCCAACGAGGACAACUAUAUGCCAGCGAUCCGGGCCUGUGAGAACGCCGGGCAGUUCGAGAAGGGCGAUGAGCUCUUCUGGAAGAUGCGGGAGCACACCAAGUUGGUCAAGGCAGCAGAGGAUUUGGGCAUGGACCCAGAGCGAACGCCGCCGAAGGCGAAGGAGGCGCUGUGGCGAAUCCCUGGUGCGGUGGAUCCUCGCGCCUUCGACCCACCGAACUUCACCGCGGAAGCAGAGAGGAGGGCGCGGAAGAAGAAGAAGCCGAGGAAGAUGCCCCAACUGCCUGCUGGGCGGCCGAAGGUGUGGGGCUGAGGUGAGCACCUUGCUGAUACCCCUGGGAUGAGACCAGAGGGUCUUUCGAGUACAGUGGCCAAGCACUGCGUAAGAGAGAUGUCCCGUUGCACUGCGGUAGCCCAGAUUGGCUGGAUUAAACGUGCGCAGUGAGACUGCAGAUACACCCCCCAGGUUUUUUGGGAUGGACAUGCGC